AUGACGACAGACGUGAAACUGUCACCGCCCCCCGAUAGCAGGCUUCUGCCGCCGGCUCCGCUGCGUGAAGGCGACGACGAGAAGAUGGCGGCCCUCAAGCAAGUCGUCGAUGCACACCGUGCCCAGCACCCGUGCCCUGUUGACUACGAGCCAUACGAGCAUCACUGGCUCAGUGACCCACUGAUUUACAGUCGCUACAUUCGUGCUACGCGUGGCGACCUGAAGUCAGCAAAAAAGCGUAUUAUUGAAACGCUUACUUGGCGUCGCGACUACCGCCCCGAGAUCAUCCCGCCAGGCGAAGUCUCGGAAGAAGCGUAUACUGGCAAGCAUGUAAUCACUGGAUUUGAUCGCGACACUCGCCCCAUUUUGUACCUUCGUCCCGGGCGUGAGAAUACCAAGCCAUCGCCGCGUCAGAUUCGGUACAUGGUGUGGUCGCUGGAGCGCGCCAUCGACCUGAUGCAGCCGGGUCAGGAAUCUGUUACGAUCAUUGUCGAUUUCCAUGGCGCCCAAUUCUCUACAAUGCCUUCGCUUGGCACGGCACGGCACGUUGCCCACAUCCUGCAAACCCACUAUGCCGAGCGUCUUGGCCGUGCCUUUGUAUUCAAUACACCCAAGUUCAUUACUGCCUUCUUCACAGCCCUCUCGCCCUUCUUGGAUCCAGUCACAAAAGACAAGAUCCGCUUUAAUUACGACAGGGUGACUGACUUUAUCGCACCGGAUCAGCUCGAUGCGCAGUUCCCUGGCGGCAACUACGCGUACCGAUUCGACUUUGAUGUGUACUGGCCUGCUCUGAUCGAAAAGUGUGGCAUCCUGCCAGAUGGUACACGAACGAAGGAGAUGCUCGAGAAAUAA